AUGCGGAAAGUAAGUGCACUUCUACUGUGGAAAUGUGCUAUUUGCUGCACACAGAUAGACAGAAGCAGUCGAUCUGACGGAGAGAGGGUACUAUUCGAGCACAACGGAGUUAUGCACAUAUACGAUCUGAGUGCGCAGGAAAUAGUGGAGCGCAUUGCGCCUCCCAUGUCCAGAUUCAGCGUAUGCUCAAGUGCGAGAGACCCUGUGCAGGGCAUAAGCGAAAAAGAGAGCAGGAAUUCGUUGGGGGUGUACAAGGGAGUGCCAGAAAGUGCAGAUUCUGGGGAGGUGCGAGAGAAGGGCGUGCUUGGGCGCACGUUCUUGCUGCAGGGAAUAGUCUCUGAAGAGUGUGCGCAGGGAAUUGCGCACAGGGACGGGCUGAAAGCCUCCAGGCACGAGAACAGUCUCCGGCAGCAGGUGAAAAGCAGGCGAAAUGCAUCAGAAGUCGGUGCGGAGUAUUUGGGAGAGAGCCCCGGGAAGGGCGCAGAGGGAGGGAUUCAAGCAGCGACUGCAGAGCAUCUGGCAGCUGAGUUUGGGAUAUCCGGGGGCAAACUCCCGGAUGCAAUAGUCUCAGACGGAAUGGUAGUUUCAAGAGAGAAAAGGCUGGGGGUGGAGUAUUUGGCGUCGCAGGCGGGGGUGCUUGUGUGCGUGUAUAACGAAGUUGUCACGCGAGUUUUCAAGCCUGCACGCCUUACAGAGUACAUUACUAGAGAAAUAACGACAAUUCUGGGAAGCACUGUGAUAACCCGCACAAGCAUGCACCAAAACACAAUACGCAGAAUACACGAGGAGUACAAUGCAAAAAUAUAUUUGCUUAAGAAGAUGGAUGGGAUGCUAUAUUUCUCGGAGGUGGUUAUUUCAGAACUCGAAGAAAACAGGGCGGUUUUGCUGCGUAGAGCACUGCAGAGCCUGCAGAAUGCGCUUCUGCUGGUGUUUUUGGGGUUUCUGCUUGUUCCCAUGGGAAUCCGCAUAUUCGGGUAUAGAGACACGCCCAUAAGAAUUCUGCAGGGGGCGUACUACGGGUUCAGAAAAGGCCUUCUCUUCGGAAAAAAGCCUGUUUACGUUAUAGUGCUCAGCAAGAAGCCUGAAUCAGGCGCAUCUGCGCAUGGGAGGAUCCAAGCUAUGAAUGCAUCUGCGAAUGCAGGACUGCACACAGAGGAGGACCGCGGCAGCUUCUACAUUGCAUAUCCUGCGGAUCUGCGCACGCUUUCGGAUGCACUCGCUGAAGGUGCUGCAUUCUCCGAUCUCAUGCGCCGCCUUUUUGCACGCGUGCAGGGCCUGCACAGGCAAGGAGUCUCUGGGAUUCCGAUGGAGAUUCACAGCGUAUACAUCAACAGAAGUGCAAUUGUCUUUCUGGAAGGGCGCAGCACAAAAGAGAGAAGCGAAAAAGAAAAAAACGAAACCUCUUCAAAAUCUCCCAAAAAAGAUACGGAUUUCCUGCGAAAGAGAGGGCCAGGGCACGAGCAGGUGCGGGGAGACUAUGCUGCUCUGGGGAAAUUGUGCUAUACCCUGCACUGUGUGCAGCAUAGAGGCACGGCACAGUGCAGGCCUUUUUCCGAGGCGCUUGAAGAGAUUAUGCAGUACAACUACAGGGAGCACCCCAGGCUUAUUUUAGACAGCAACACCAAGCAAAAAAUAGAGCUUUUCGACUGGAUAUGCUCUCUUUUGUGCAAUUCCGUGGCCCCGGAAAUUCCACACCCUGUCUUUUGGACACCGCAGCAGUCGCUGGAGUUUCUCUCCCUCUUCAGCGACUAUGUGUUCGACCAUCCUUCCGAGCAGGUGAUAGAAACGAGCAAAAUAUCGCAGAAGUUGGAGUGCGACUGGUCAAAUUGGGACGUGUAUUUGGACGUGGACCUGCUGGAAGACCUGACAAGGAGCGGGCGGUACUACUACAACACAAAGAGCACCAGAGACCUUCUCCGGCUGAUCCGAAACAACGGCCGACACUUUCAGUCGAUUCCAGAAAGUGGAAGGGCACACUUCAACAACGACCUGGCCACGUACAUAGCAUACUUUCUCAGCAGGUACCCAUACAUCGUGCUGUUUUCGUACUACAUUGCAGGCGAGCACGGCCUACAUAAUGAGAAAUUUUUUCUGGAUAUUUUUCAACAGCAAUGA